UUUCAUAUAUCUUACGAACUUAAUAAAAACUAAUGUUUAACUCAUAAAGUUUUAGUGUCAAACCAAGAAUUUCGUAUAAACUGAAACAAUUAUAUUGUACGUGCAACAAGUGGCCGAAGCGAAAUCUUUCGAUAUGAUCCUAUACGGCUUGCAGAUAGAGGGCGCGGGCGAGGGCCCGGGACCACCAAACAACAACUCGGAGGGAGCCGCGGCGAGUCCGCGUGAUGACAACCACAAUGCUUCGCAGCCGCCGCCUCGCGUGCCACUCACACCCUCAGAAGUGCUAAAAGCGUACGGCGAGAGAUUAACGGAAUGGGAGAGGAACGAAGUGAGGAAGUACCCAGAGGUUUGGUUCGUCGGUUUGGAGGCGAACAAGGUGCAGGCGCGAGCCAAUUUACCCAACAAUUGCGGUUUUGAUGAUGAAAAUGGCAGUUACAAUAAACAAAUGCACGACCACAUAGCAUACCGAUAUGAGAUCCUGGAGGUGAUAGGCAAAGGCUCCUUCGGGCAGGUGAUCCGAGCGCUGGACCACCGCACUGGCGACCAGGUGGCCAUCAAGAUCAUCAGGAAUAAGAAGCGCUUUCAUCACCAAGCCCUCGUGGAGGUCCGCGUGCUCGACCACCUGCGUCUUAAGGAUAAGGACCAAUCGCACAACGUCAUACACAUGCUAGACUACUUCUACUUUAGGAAUCAUCUUUGUAUCAGCUUUGAGCUUAUGAGUAUAAACCUGUACGAACUCAUAAAGAAGAACAACUAUCAGGGCUUCAGUCUAAGCCUCAUCCGGCGGUUUGCGAGCUCCCUGCUGCGCUGCCUCAGGCUACUGGAGGCCGAGAACAUUAUACAUUGCGAUCUAAAACCGGAAAAUAUUUUAUUGAAAGCUCGAGGCAGUUCAUCAAUAAAGGUGAUAGACUUCGGCAGCUCUUGUUACACGCACGCGCGCGUCUACACUUAUAUACAGUCGCGCUUCUAUCGCAGCCCUGAAGUUAUCCUCGGACUGCAGUACGGGGGACCCAUUGAUAUGUGGAGUAUGGGAUGUAUCCUUGCGGAGCUACACACGGGAUACCCGCUGUUCCCUGGGGAGAACGAGGCGGAGCAGCUGGCCUGUAUAAUGGAGGUGCUGGGUCCGCCGCCUCCAGACCUACUGUUGCACGCCACCAGGAAGAGACUCUUCUUUGACUCUAAGGGUUGUCCGCGCACUGUGACCAACUCGAAAGGUCGCAAGCGGCGACCGGGCUCGCGCGCACUCUCUGCCGCGGUACGGACCGACGACCCAGCAUUCCUGCACUUCAUACAUCGCUGUUUAGAAUGGGAUCCAAAGCGUCGCAUCACACCUACAGAGGCGACUCGACACGAGUUCGUGACGGGGUGCGCUUUAGGAACGUCGACGACAGGCGUACUAGCGCUGCCUCGGCUGGCCCCGCCGCGGCCUGCACGCGCAGCACUCCUGCACUCGCAGUCAGCGGGCGACGUGGCAGCCAUGCUGGGCCGCGCGUGACCGCAAACCUGAGCCCGCACCGCCUGCGCCUCCGGACCCGUACACAAAUAAUAUAACCAUACUACUCUCUUGGUUUAACUUAAGACAGGUUUACACGGCACCUUAUUCUUCGAUAGCGUCAACUAUACAAUAAUUCUGAAUAUAAACUGCUACUUCUCUGUCUUGGCGGGUGCGUUCACACUGGCAGUACUGCAUCGUGCUAUUGCUCCUCUCACAGACUUAUCGACUCUACCACAAAUGACACUAUAUCCAAUCUGAAUCGUUCUUGUCUGUUUGUGGAAUCACGUACCGUGUAAAGCAGCUUUAAUAUUACGUACCAGCAUAAACAGACUUUGUUUCAGUUUGCAAAAGGACAGAAUUUUACGGUACAUCUGUAGACUUAGUUCUAACAUUUUUCCUUCUGUUUCAAAAGUACUCACAUACACGAUUUGGGACCCUAUCUAUACUUAGAAAAAUUGAUUCUCUUAUGCUUCUAAAUAUGUUAAAAUUAGGCAAAAAUAUUGCAGCAACCUUCUACAAUAAAAACAAUUAAAA